CAUCCAACACUUUCCGCGUGCCGAUCAAUUAUUUAACUUUAACCCUCGUGGUACUCAUCCCUAUUGUCGUGUCGUACGGUUUCCAGUGUGGGUCUGUAGGCCAAAACCACCUCCCUCCCCCCUCCCUGGACGCGAAUUUCAGUGCACAACGUUUUCAAAGUAAUUACCACGGUUCUUUUGUCUUGGCGCUUGCUGCGAUCGAACACAAGUGGUAUUUAAGCCGAGGGGCUCACCAAUAGUGAAGUGUGUCUUCUGUGUAGAAGAAAGUGCAUAAAGUGGACACAAAAACACGCGGUGACGAAAGAUUGGAUUGCAACGAAAGUGUCACGGCGACGCUCCGAAGCGAUUAGGAGGGUAUCGGGUGUCGGACGAUCACCACAGCAAAUAAAAAUGAAAUUAGCGGUACUGCUCCUCCCGCUGCUGACGAUUGGGACCUCGUUAGCGAUAACGACAUCCCCAAUCGAGACGCCUCCAUCCAAAGCGGAACCCAGCCGGAAGGAUAAACGUGGCAUCUUCGGUCUGGGAGCCUACGCUCCGGCGGCCCCUGUGUAUGGUCACGCUUUUGCCCACGCCCACGCCCAUGCCCAUGCUCUGCCUGCUGCGCCUCUGCCUCUGCCUCAUUUCCACGAUGGUGUCGUAGUAGGCGCUGCCCCAGUUCCCCCACCGGCCAUUGCAGCCCCUGUUGGGCCGUUCCUGGGGGCUCACGCACACACCCACAGCCACACGGUGGUCACCAAGAAGAUUGGCAUUCCCAUUCCGCAGCCGUAUGCCGUUCCGGUGGAGAGGCCAUAUCCCGUCCCAGUUAAGGUGCACGUCCCCAUCCCAGUAGACCGUCCCUACCCUGUUGCGGUCCCGAAACCGUUUGCCGUUCCCGUCGACCGGCCCUACCCGGUCCCAGUGGAUCGCCCGUAUCCGGUUCCCGUGGCGCAACCCGUCCCCGUUCCGGUGGUGAAACACGUCGGAGUGCCCGUCCCCGCGCCGGUGCCAGUGGCCGUCCCCAAACCGGUGCCCGUCCCGGUGCACACGCCCGUUGGACCGUACGGACCGGAUCCGUGGGUUGGUGCCAAGCUGUGGUGAAGCAGAUGGAUGGGAAGUCAAUUUUAUUCCGCCAGGUGAAAUAUUACUGGCGACAACAGCACAAAACUAUGAAGAGAUUAUAAAAUGACCACCACUGGUGGAUUUAGGUUUAAUUUUAUUAUGUUAUUUGAAAUACAAUGGUGCAUAGAAGUGAUUAGGAGUUGUUAAGCGUAUACAGGUGAAUUGCAAGUGCCCUAUCAGCUUUUUCAAUAAAGGAGGUAAUCUACGAGCUUCCAUGAAACACUAGGAUAAAGAUUCAAAUUGAUAUUUGGUUAGCAGAUUGAUAUUUAUUUAUUGAUUUAGGUAGUUCAAUAAAAAUGACAUUUUAAAAUCAA